CUCCCUAUUUCUUUGAAGCUUUGAGAUAUUUGGAACUGCGAGAAUUUCCACACUCGUAGUUUUCCAUUAUCUCUCUAUUUUUUUUUUUUCCUCUUUUCAUCCUGAUCAGAUCUUACAGAGUUUUUUUCUUUUUUUUUUAAGCUGACCCAUUUUCUUCUUUUGUGAUUUUUUUCUUCCCCUAGUAAAGAUUGUGGAGAAACUAACGAAUAGACAGGUAUAUCUAUCUAUCUAUCCAUCUAUUCUAUCUACUUUCCUUUCCUAUUUUUAAAUUCUGUUCAAGCCGUCUCAUUCUUUAUUGGGUGUUCUUAUGAUGUUGAGUUUGUGAUGUAUGCUUCUCUAUAAAGUUUCUUUUUCUUUUUUUCUGCGAUGUUAUGGUUGUAGAUCUCUUUUUCCACUCUGUUUCUCUGCUCUUUUGAUGUUUUCUUUUGUAUUUGAGUCUGUUUCUGAUGGGUUUUCUCUUUUCUGCUCCUUAGAUCUGGAUUAUAAUUAUUAUUAUAAUUUUGGACCCUUCAUUCUCAUCUUAUUUUCCAGUUCUGGAUAAUGUUUCUCAUAAUGAACAAGACUAAAAUUUUCUCACUUUCUGCCAAAUUUUACCAUUCUUGAUUUGCCAAUUUUACAUUCCCAUGAUUACUUUUACCGCUUUAAUUAUAAUUGUGAAAACUUUGUGCAAAAAAGCUCUCUUGGCUCUAUUAUAUAUGACAUGUUGUGGUUGCAUGUGCUCUGUCUUCUGUUUUUUUUCUUCAGUUUUUGCCAAGAUUUGGGGGUAUGUUUGGAAGUAACUAAUGCUUCAGGAAAAAAAAAAAAAAGGGAAAGUGAUUGGCACAAAGAAAAUGAUGAAAACUUUCUUUUGUUUGAAGAAAUUAUUAAAUUUUGCUUUAAUUAUGUUUUCACUUUUCUUUCUUGCCUUUUUUGCUUUUCGGGGUUCGGUCUAAUCUACUGUAUUUUUCUUGACUUAUUAGUGGAGAGAGAAAGAGAGAGAGAGAGAGAGGUUUUUAUUUAUGAGCGGCUGGGUUUGAUAAAAUUGGGCCCCAUAAUCAUGUGAUUUUUUUAAAGUCAGUGUGACAUGGGAGAUUAAAACGUCGGUAGUUGCAAUCAGAUCCUGUGAUUUACUCCUAACAAGUGGUUUUAAUGGUUGUUUUUAAUACUGGAUCCAUUGUUUUCUUUGUAAUACUAAUAUGGCUUGUUGUAGAAGUGGACCUUUCACAACUUUUUUUGUCGUUUACCUUUUUCAUUUCUUUUUGUAUAAAAGAGUACAUUUGUUAGUUAUCUUUGUAAUGGACCUGGCAUAAAUCAGUAGCUGUACUCUUCCAAACUUUGGGGAUCGUAGGAGUAGUAGCUUGUACCAUUUCUGCUCUUUUGCUGUUCAUUCUGAAGAUCUGGACAUUCUUAUAGUAGGGUCUCCAAUGGAUCAGCUUCAUCUUCUUUAAACAAUUCUACACCAUUCUCAGUUUUCAUAUAUUUCCUAAUUCUAUACAAGAUGAAGCAUAAAGAUGGGAAACCGGUGUACCAGCAGGAUAAAAGUUCCAGAGUUGUUCCAAUGUCAAUCAUGUUUGUUGUGCUGUGCGGGUUUUCAUUCUAUCUUGGUGGAAUCUUCUGCUCUGAGAAGCAUAGAUUUUACACCAACGAAGCCAAGGAUGCUGUAAAAGUUGUCCAAUCUUCAUUCAAUUCAGCAGCAUCCUCUCUCCAAGUGAAAUCUGUCUCUUUCCCCCAAUGCAGCGGUGAAUAUCAAGAUUACACUCCUUGCACUGAUCCAAAGAAAUGGAAGAAGUAUGGCGUUCAUCGCCUUACGUUUAUGGAGCGUCAUUGCCCUCCUGCUUUUGAGAGGAAAGAGUGCUUAAUUCCACCUCCAGAUGGCUAUAAGGUACCAAUCAGAUGGCCGAAGAGCAGGGAUGAAUGCUGGUACCGGAAUGUCCCUUAUGAUUGGAUUAACAAGCAGAAAUCAAACCAGAACUGGUUGAGGAAGGAAGGCGAAAAGUUUCUCUUUCCUGGUGGGGGCACUAUGUUCCCUAGAGGUGUAAGUGACUAUGUUGAUUCAAUGCAAAAACUUAUCCCUGAAAUGACAGAUGGGACCGUUCGGACUGCCAUUGAUACUGGCUGUGGGGUUGCAAGUUGGGGAGGUGAUUUGUUGGAUCGGGGAAUACUAACUAUAUCCCUUGCUCCAAGAGAUAAUCAUGAAGCUCAAGUCCAGUUUGCCUUGGAACGUGGAAUUCCAGCGAUCCUCGGCAUUAUUUCUACUCAGAGGCUCCCUUUCCCGUCAAACUCAUUUGAUAUGGCUCAUUGUUCUAGAUGUCUCAUUCCGUGGACAGAAUUCGGUGGAGUUUACCUUCAGGAAAUUCACCGCAUACUCCGUCCUGGAGGUUUUUGGGUGUUGUCUGGUCCACCAGUAAACUAUGAGCGCCGGUGGCGUGGAUGGAACACAACCAUUGAGGAUCAAAGAAGCGAUUAUAACAAUCUGCAGAAACUGCUUACUGCCAUGUGCUUCAAAUUGUACAACAAGAAGGAUGACAUUGCUGUCUGGCGGAAGGCUUCGGACAAUAGUUGCUACAAUAAACUUUCUAAUAAUGCUGACGCCUAUCCACCAAAAUGUGAUGACAGCCUUGAACCUGAUGCUGCUUGGUAUACUCCUCUCCGGCCUUGCAUUGUUGUUCCAAACCAAAAAUAUAAGAGAACAGAUUUAAAGUCGGUCUCUAAAUGGCCUGCGCGGUUGCAUGCUGCUCCAGAACGUGUCUCGGAUGUUCACGGAGGGAGUGCUAGCACAUUCAAGCAUGAUGAUGACAAGUGGAGGGUGCGUGCGAAGCACUACAAAAAGUUGCUUUCAUCAAUUGGGUCCAAUAAGAUUAGAAAUGUAAUGGACAUGAAUACAGUUUACGGAGGCUUCGCUGCAGCUGUGAUUGACGAUCCUUUGUGGGUCAUGAAUGUUGUCUCUUCUUAUGCUACCAACACAUUAGCUGUGGUCUUUGAUCGGGGCCUUAUUGGAACUUACCAUGAUUGGUGUGAAGCAUUCUCUACUUAUCCUCGUACUUAUGAUCUUCUUCAUCUUGAUGGCCUCUUUACUGCCGAAAGUCACAGAUGUGACAUGAAGUAUGUGCUGUUAGAGAUGGACCGGAUCCUGCGACCAAAUGGCUAUGCAAUAAUUCGAGAAUCUAGUUACUUUGUGGAUGCUGUGGCUGCGAUCGCGAAGGGGAUGAAAUGGGGUUGUCGGAAGGAAGACACAGAGUAUGGAAUCGAAAAGGAGAAGAUAUUGAUCUGCCAGAAAAAGCUCUGGUAUUCCUCUAAUAAGAGUUCUCGGUAACAAAUAUGAGAAUCUCAUCAAUUCAUGGUGAUAAUUAGUCAGAGUACAACUACUACUACUACCUCGCUAUUCCAUGGUUAGAAGAAAGAAGCGAAGAGAAGCUACUACUUCACCACAAAGAGAUGCAACUUUUAGAAUCAAAUUUGUUAAUUAAAGACUCCAAUAAGUUGAUUUUGUUAAUUAAUAGGGCUUUUCAUAUGAUACAAAUAUAUUUGUUAAAGGUGCCAAAUUUGUACUUCGGUUAUUUUCCAUUUUUGGUCCUUGGUUCACCCAAUAUUUGUUUCCCUUACAUUUUAGGUUGAUUAUGUAUUGAUCUGAAUGCAAUGGGUGGCAAUGUCAUACCCUCAUAGCUUAUAUAUAUUUUUGUGUAUUUAUAUAAAUGAGCGCUGCAGUUGAUUCUUCCUUUGAAUUCA